GUUGUUACGUGUUUCCGUUCAGAUUUCUUCCAUGCUAUCGCUGUACUACAGCCUGAAGCCGUGAAGCCCUAAUACACUUGUACGGUGUACACUUUGGAGUAAAAAAAAAUGUUUAAACUGGAAGGACUCGGACCUAAAAUAGACCCGGAGGAGAUGAAGAAGAAAAUGCGAGAAGACGUCAUUUCUUCUUUACGUAACUUUCUGAUUUACGUCGCUCUGCUCAGAGCCACUCCGUACGUGUUAAAGAAGUUGGACAGCAUAUGAGCCGAGCCAUCUGCUCCUCCAUCCUCCACCCUUCCAACAAGAAUCUCCUACAUCAGAGUCAGCGAGGAGGACUUUCUGACGCAGCCAGCUCCACCUGUUGCAGCAUCACUUUGGAACAUGACCAACGUUUUCCCUUCUCUUCACCGCAGACCACAGCUGUCUUCAGUUGCAGCGUUGCUCCAUCUUAGUCACAUAUGUUUUGUCUAAUUUAACAUUUAUAUACUGGUAAUCUUACAGAUUAUAAAAAAAAAAUGCAGAGGCUUUACUUGUUGUGUCUGCCUCCUGAGUUAGACCGUUUAGGAAACAAAGUUGACUUUUCUGGUUUAAAGGUGUGAAGUUUGUCAAGAAUUGUUCUGAAAUUAUUGAAAUUAAAUGUCCCAUUUUUUGUUUACAACCA